AGUAGACAUUCAAUCGGAUGUAAACUCUCUAAACUAUCAUUUGAUCAGAAAAAGUGUUAAAAAUCCUUAAUUUUAGUCGCUGUUAAUGCAAGUGGUUAUCAAACGUAUUAAAAUGACAAUUGCCGAGACCACACCCUAUAAUUUCUUUGAGUUACUCCUGCAGAUACCGAUCAUUGUUGCGAUCAAAAAGUUUGGUAUCAAUCUAUACGAUGGUCUAAAACGAUUCAAUCCUUACAUUGACUACACGCUGAUGAUCAGCGAACGGGUAGUGGUUAUGGUGGCCAGUAGUCAGGCGGUGACCAAAGUUGGCAAACGAUUGGAGAAGCCGUUGGGAAUUGUGGACUCGUACGCCUGCAACGGUCUUACAGCCCUCGAGACUAAGUAUCCGUCCAUACAUAUGGCACCCGAAGACUUCAAAGAGGAAGCGCUAAAUCAAAUGACUUCAUUUAAAGGAAUGAGUCUCCAAAAGUUGGAUCAAUUUAAAGGCACUUUAAGCAGACAGCGAAAGAUCGGAAUGGAUAAGGCUUUUCAUAUGUUAGAAGGAUUGCUGAAGAGUCGACUCAACAUUUAUGUUGAUGUGAUCGACAAAACAGUCGACAAUUAUCUGCCGGCACUGGARGACGGCAAUUACGACAACAAUAAGUUGGAUGUGAUUCCAGAGGAGACCGGACUAAUGGCCCGCUUGUCUUACAUACCGACCAAAGUUCAGACACGACUGGUCCAGAGAUACAAUAAUCUUGUACUCAGAGUUACUUUUAAUGAAAACUAAAUAUAACUAAUCUUUUUAAGUAUAUAAUGUAUACAUAUUUUAAAAUAAUCACUAAUCAUAAUUCAAAACAUUUUGUUUGUUUAAAUCUGUUUAAAAUAAAUUUUUAAUUUAAUGAAUUUUAAAAAAGUGCAAUUUAUAUAAAUUCCCCAAUAACCUUGAUAACUACAAAAAAUGUGUGUAAUGUAAAAACAGGUAUGCUACUUUUGUUUUUAAAUAAUAA